AUGGCGUCGUCGAGCCUCCCAGUGAAACGCUCUGCAUCUCAUCUCGAGGAAGAGGACAGCAAGCGUUCGAAACAACAUUAUCAUCACCACCACCGUCUCCACCGACCUGUCAUUCUACCUGCCUCAUCCGAACCCGCCGUACACGAUGAGGUCCACCUCGAGAAUCUCUUGAACCGUUCAGUCGCGCAUAUCCUUAAGGAUGCGGGAUUCGAUACAGCUGAGCCGGCCGCGCUAUCCGCCUUGCGCAGCGCUACAGACACAUAUUUGACCCGCUUAUCAACAUACAUCCGUCAAUCUAUGUCAGCAUCUCGACGGCUUCAACCGCUUCCUCCUGAUUUCGAGUACGCUUUUGGUCGCGUUAAUCUAUCUCUCAACGAUCUCAUCCCCUACACCCAAUCAUGCAAAGCCGUUGCUUCUAUCCCGACCCUUCCCCCAUCACCUCCACCGGAGGAUGAGCUUGCUCGCAAAAUCCCAUUCCUCAAUUCAUUGCGCGACCUAGAGACAGAAGUCGACCGCUCUUACGUUCCAAAGACCUUCCCCGAUUUCCCAAGCAAACAUACCUACUCCUCUACUCCGGUCUUCACAGAGCGAGAUAACGAUCCUCGUAAAAUCCGUGAACGCGCCGCAGAAGAUGGACGACACGGCGAAGAAGCUCUACGCAAGUUAGCUGCUGCUGCAUUCCGUGGUGAUAACCCCUCCAGCUCGAGUGGGAAGGAUAAGAAGCUCUGGGGACGACGACUAGAGAGCAUGGAGACCAUGUUCGAGAAGACGGUGAAGGGACUCGCGAAGAAAUUUCAUAAAGACCCGCUUGCACCUGCGGGGUCAGCCAUGGAGAUCGACUCGGGCAAUUUUGCUGACGGAGAUGCGAAAUCCAAGGCGAAGCAAUUACACUGGAAUACGGAUAUGGGUCCUAUUGUGAACUGCGAGCGAGACUUUUGGCGUCGACCCGCGACUGGUCCGCGAGGAAAAGAAGAGAAAUCAGCGAAGCCAGCUGUUCCGACUGGGUCGGUAGAUGUUUUGGACGCAUAA